AUGAAGCCCGCAACACUCGCCGCCGCGGCCCUCUCGCUGUGCGUCUCGCUCGUCAGUGCCGGCGUCGUCACCAUCCCCAUCAGAGCCGAUCAGGUCGUGGAAAAGUCCGCCGACGAUUGUUUCUUCGGCGUCGUCACGCCCAUGGGAUGCGGGCCGCUGCGCACUUGA